AUGGGGGUUGAUAACGAUGCCUCCUCUCAUGACUUCGAAGCGGGCAUCAGAGAUAUGCUCCAACAUAUAAUAACCAGAGAUCCAAAUGACGAGAGAUGGAUGAUAGACCAAACUGCCAAAGUGCGCCUCGAGUCCGCAAACCCAGGUCCCCCAGCACGCGCUAUAUUCCGAAUGCUCGUUACACCCUCCAUGACCAACGCAUUGAACAAUCUGCACGGCGGAUGCGCAGCAACCAUAAUCGAUAUCUUGACUUCAAUACCCGUCAUGGCCGUGGGGACGCCCGGUGUGUUUCAAUAUGGAGGUGUGAGUCGGAAUCUGAAUGUUACGUAUUUGCGACCAGUGCCGGUGCAUUCUGAGAUCAGGGUUGUGUGUGAAGUUACGCAGAUCGGGAAGAGGUUGGCGCUAUUGAGGGCUGAGAUCAGGAGGGUGGAAGAUGAUGCACUUUGUGUGCUGAGUGAGCAUCAGAAGGCUAAUACGGAUCCGCCGGCUGGUUCGAAAUUAUAA